CUCAGCUCGGAAUAACGGACAGAGCUUCUGAUCGGUUCUUCCCCGUCUGUCAGAUCAUUUCCGCGGCGCAGGCAGCGAAGCACGGACGCGGAUCCGCCGAAAGACGGUGUUGUUGUCGUUACCGGGGAAAGGACGCGCUUGGAAACGGCGGCGGUCCGUGAAUGGAUGCAUCAUGUCUUCGUUUGUGUGCCGCGUUCAGUUUCUCGACGACACCGAUCCGUUCAACAGCACCAGUUUCCCGGAACCGACCCGAGCUCCUCUCUACUCCUUCAGAGAAGACAUCCCUCUGAUCGAGCAGAUCGCGGGGGUCCACAGGCUCCUCAAGGCUCCUCACAAGCUGGAUGACUGCGCUCUGCAGCUCUCUCACACCGGUGUGUAUCUGGAUCUGGAGUCGACGCUGGAUGAGCAGAGAGAUGAACUGGAGGGAUUUCAGCCAGACGACUGCGCAGGGUGAGA